CGGAGGAGAGCGAGGUGGCCGCGGCCUGAUCCCCGGGCGGCUCCCCUGGGGAGGGGAAGGGAGCUUCGGCUGCCAUGGACCGCUUCGCGUGGAGCAGCGGGCUGCUGGAGCUGGGGGAGACGCUGGUGGUGCAGCAGCGCGGUGUGCGCCUCUACGACGGGGAGGAGAAGGUGAAAUUUGAUAGUGGAGUGUUACUCCUUAGUACACACAGGCUUCUUUGGAGGGAUCAGAAGAACCAUGAAUGCUGCAUUGCUAUACCUCUGUCUCAGGUUGUCUUUAUUGAAGAGCAAGCAGCUGGGAUAGGAAAAAGUGCCAAAAUAGUAGUUCAUCUUCAUCCUGCUUCCUCAAACAAAGAGCCUGGUCCGUUCCAAAGCAGCAAAUAUUCCUACAUCAAACUUUCUUUCAAAGAACAUGGGCAGAUUGAGUUCUACAGACGAUUCUCAGAAGAAAUCACACAAAGGAGGUGGGAGAACACGCCUACUGGUCAGACCUUUCAGGUUGCCAAGGAUCCACAGGCAGGAAGAACAAGAGCUAUAGGAAUUGUAGGGAUCGAAAGGAAAUUAGAAGAAAAAAGAAAAGAGACUGACAAAAACAUUUCCGAGGCUUUUGAGGACCUUAGUAAACUAAUGGAGAAGGCUAAGGAAAUGGUGGAGUUAUCCAAGUCAAUAGCUAAUAAGAUUAAAGAAAAGCAAGGUGACAUCACUGAGGAUGAGACCAUCAGGUUCAAAUCAUACCUGCUGAGUAUGGGUAUAGCUAAUCCAGUCACUAGGGAAACGCAUGGAUCUGGUACACAUUACCACAUGCAACUGGCGAAACAACUAGCUGAAAUGCUGCAGACACCAUUAGAGGAGAGAGGAGGAAUCAUGUCGCUCACAGAAGUGUACUGUCUGGUAAAUCGUGCACGAGGAUUAGAGUUGCUCUCACCUGAAGAUUUAGUAAAUGCUUGUAAGAUGUUGGAGUCACUGAAAUUACCACUAAGGCUUCGGAUAUUUGACAGUGGUGUGAUGGUGCUUGAGCUCCAGUCUCACAAUGAAGAGGAAAUGGUAGCUUCUGCAUUAGAGACAGUAUCUGAAAAAGGUUCUCUCACAGCUGAUGAGUUUGCAAAGUUGGUGGGGAUGUCUGUUCUCUUAGCCAAAGAAAGGCUGCUUCUCGCUGAAAAGAUGGGCCAUCUUUGCAGAGAUGAUUCAGUGGAAGGCUUGAGAUUCUACCCAAAUUUAUUUCUAACGCAAAGCUAAUGUGGUUUGUGUACGUCCGCUAUGUAACGGUUGAACAUGAGAGCAGAGGGCAAAACCCUUGCCACAACUGACUACUGAAUUUUUUACUCCUUGUUAACUGCAACAGUGAGGAACAUUGCAAUGCUUUACAGUUCUCAGGUGUUUCAAGUGCUGAAUGAAUCAUCUUAUGCGGAACCAAAAGGAAAUAGGAAUCACUAGGUCGGAAACAUAGUAAUUGUCUCAAGCUGGCUAGCUCAUGACCAAGUAAGACUUGAACAUGUGCUCUGUGACUUCUCAUUUCAAGAAAAAUGAGGUGAAGAUUCCAUGCAAGUGAAGGUGGAGAGAAUACCCCUGUAGCCUAGCCAUGAGCAUCGGCACCCAGAACAUAGGUUAUUGCAUACUCCAAUUUCAGUUUAUGUCUAGAGCAACAAAGCAGACAGAUGCAUCCGUAGCGAUAAGAAUAGUGACUUCAGUGUGUACUGAGGUAUAAGGAACAAAACGGUGUAGCGUAACCCCUUCUCCCUGAAGUGAUGAAGUAUUCUGAGAGGAUCUUGGGAUUCUUCAUGUAUUGAGA